AUGUAUGGAGUGAUAAAGGCCAAUACUAAUCUAUCUAUUGUCAUUGUUACAAUCAACAUAUCAGUUUGGUUCUUCGUUAAGAGUUUCAUCUUCUUCCAAGACUCUACGGUCACCCUGGUUCUGGUCACCUACCAAUGCAUCUUCCUCUUCUUUAUCACCCACACAGCCGCGAUGUAUUUACUGAUGUCUGAUGAGAUAUUACUCUUGAACCGUAGAAGAAUACGAAAUACAGCACUAAUAAGAAGAAAGCUUUCCGAUAUCAUCAGAAGACAUGGUUUGAUACUAAAUCUUAUGGAUUGUCUGAGGAUGCUGUAUAGUACGCCGAUGGGGAUCGAUUUUGUUACGAAUGUGUACUUCAUGUGCCUCUUCCUGUCUCUUACAUUGCAGGACUGGAUCAGUCUCGCCUCUCCCUUUAUCUACUGCGUGAUUGUGUUCUUCUUGUAUUGCUUCCUCUGUCAGAAGCUGAUAGAUGCGUCCGUGAUAUUCGAGAGCUCCGUUUAUGGUUGCGGCUGGGAGCAAUUUGACAUGAGCGAGAAGAAAACUGUGUACAUCAUGUUGAAAGUAGCUCGAAGACCUAUCAAAUUGUUUGCUGCAAAUAUAGUCCCUAUCGAUUUGAACACGUUCGCUGUGACUGUGCAGAAUAUGUACAAGUUCGUCACCGCGCUUAAAGUUUAA